AUGUAUUGUCGUACAAAGGAAGAUGCCAAAUCGGGGACCAGUCAAACCCUACGCCCCUCCGGCGAUUCCUUCGUGGGACCUCUUUCACUGCAGGUCUUCGAUCUCAUGGACAAGGACAAAGGAGGUACCUUGAGCAUCGAGGAGGUAAAAACCCUUAUGGACAUGUUGGGUAUGAAGGUGAAGCAGGAGGACCUGGAGCAGAUGAUUGCGGAAAUUGACCGUUCGGGUGACGGCCACAUCGACUUCCAGGAGUUUCUGCAAGUGAUGGCCAAGCCGCAGGAUCUGCCGUACAAGAAGUCUGACGUCAUGCGCGCAUUCCGGCUAUUUGCGGACCGAGACGCGCCUCCGGGCUGCAUCUCCCCGGAGGCGUUGGAGCGCGCGCUGAUCCAAUAUUGCAAUGGCAAAAUGCCGGAGGAGGAGGUCAUGCGGCUGGUCAACUCAUUGGAAGUCAACCCGGAAGGCUACAUUGAUUACGCGCGGAAGGUCAACCUCUUCCUGAACAAAUAG